AUGAGUUCUUACUUUGAACAUGUCAACGCAUAUUUCGGCGUGUCUGGCAAAUCCGCAGAAUCGGUGCACAGUACAGAAUCUCCGGGUUACUCACUUUUAAGUCUAAUUGACUGUACCCAAGCAGCCGAGGCUACAAUUCCAAGAGACCGCCUUUUCGCAUUACUUAGCUUUGCCAAUGAUUUGGUUUCCGAAGAACGUCAGCAACUCCAGCCGGAUUACUACGAGAUUUUGGAUUGGAAAAUCUUCCGCCGGCAUGUCUCAAUUCUGGUAGAGAAAGACCAAUACAUGGUGGUUCUACUCAGAUCAGCAACUAAACCGGCGGACCCAAAGGUUCCCUCCUGGAUUUGUAGCUUGUUCACACCUGUCCCUACUCUUACAAUAUUGGUGCUUCCCUUGGGCAUUGUAGACAGUGGUUUCUAUAAUGCGGGAGGCAGUUCACGAGUAAACCUUCGCUUCGGGUAUUUGGAUGAACUACUUAUUUCCGGAGGUGUUGUGGACACCAUUGAACGCGUCGCUACGUCCCCCCCAUUUAAUAAACCAAGGGGUUAUUUCCAGAUAUCAGAAGCUAGCAAGGUCUUCGAUGAAAUAGAUCUCAUCUCUGAGGAUCUUGCAUUACAUCCGACUGGCGAAUCUCCGUUCGGAGUCAAAUGGAGAACGCUUGUUGCCAAAAAAGUGGGAAAUAGUCAGAGAGGCUCUAGCAGAAUAUGGCGAGCAAUACAAGGCCAUGCGGGAAGAUAUGAACAGCAUAUUUAUUAUUCUUACCCAAGAGGACAUGCUGGACUCUAUGCCAGAGCACUAUAUUAUGGCUUUAGGCGUUCUUGA